AACCUUUUCCCUUAUUAUUAUUAUUAUUUUUUUUUUUCCCAGGUUGUAUGAGAAAAUGUGGAAGUUGAUGUUUCAUGCAGAGGAACUCGUGUCUCCUCUCCUGUUGCCCCAACUGAAGCUAUCUAUCAAGUGACGAUAUAAGUGACGAUGUAUCCCUUUGCCUUCCCAAGAUAAAUUUAUUUGGUUCAAAGGAAUCCGACCCUACUUGUGGCUCUUCGAGCAUCUCAAGCAGACGAUAAGAGAGAGAUCUUCAAAUCAUCUUAUCUAAGGUGCCCAUGAGGUGAUUAUCACUCUGGGUUCAGUACAUGGGUCACAUGGUCACAGUGGAGAUUAAAUACAAACAGCGAAAGCAUGAUCUUUAAGAUGUGACGCUGCGAAGCAUGCAUGAUUCAACACGAAGCACAAAAUUCAGAUACGCCACGCAAAUUUCAGGAUUCCAAAUUCUCCACUUCUCUAUAAAUUUUCAUGGCCGAUCGGUGGAGACAGGGAGGACUGUGAUAGUUGCAAAUUGGUACGCAGGGUGUUUGUAGAUUGACCCCUGAGAGAGAACUUUUGAGAAUUGAGAAGCGAAGAUGGCGUUAGAGGCAUGGUACAUGGAGGAGAGCAGCGAGGAUAAAAAACAGUUCGUGCCUCUGAGAAAGCUAGAAGAGCUGGGAGUCUUGUCCUGGAAAUUGAACCCAAAGAAUUACGAGAACGAUGAGGAGCUGCGUAAUAUUAGAGAAAGCAGGGGCUAUAACUACAUGGAUAUUCUGGAUAUAAGCCCAGAGAAAUUGGAGAAUUACGAGGAGAAGGUGAAGAACUUCUACACAGAGCACAUCCACGCCAACGAAGAGAUACGUUACUGCUUGGAAGGAAGUGGGUACUUCGAUGUGAGGGAUAAGGAGGAUCGUUGGGUUCGCAUCUGGAUCAAGGAGGGCGACAUGAUCGUCUUGCCCUCUGGGAUUUACCAUCGUCUCGCCCUUGACACUGGUAACUACCUCAAGCUGAUGCGGUUGUUCGUGGAGGAGCCAGUGUGGACUCCAUUUAACCGUCCACAAGAGGAGCAUCCGGCCAGGAAAGCCUACGUCAGUAGCUUAGUACCCCUUGAGGCUCACUAAGCGUCUUCACUUAAAGAGUUCAGCCUUGAGUUGCUUUGCAUCUAUCUCUAUAUCUGUGUGUUUGUAUCUGAUAUAUAUAUAUAUAUAUAUAUAUUAUAUUAUACCAUCCCGUGUGACCGUGUCUGCCUCCUCCUGUUCAUUAGACAACAGACCCAAUUACCAUGUUACUACAACUCCUGGGGUAUCUGUCAUUCCAUGUCUUACCCAUCCAUGGUUGAUGGUUGUAUCUAUCUUAUGCAAAUGGAGAACAUAUUUAAUAAAAUUUUCAACAUAUAUGUGUAGAAAAA